AUGACCACUAUAAACAUGUCUACCUUAUACAAGCUAGCGGCCACCGGAAACACCCCGGAGAUCAACUGGAAUGACAACCAUUUGAGAGCUCUGGCACAUUUGGACGACGAGGAGAUUGAUAUCCUUCGACUUCCUUCGCCCUGUUGUCUGAUCAGGCACACCCCGACCGAGUUCUCUCACAUAUCACACUGGCCAAACCAAAACAAGCGCCGUCCAUGGAGACUCGGCAUCUGCGCAAUGGAAGAAAAGGCGCUCAGCAAAUCCAACCAGGAGAUUUUUCGCCGUUUGGAGUCCACUGGCGAUAUCGAGGUUACUCUGUUCGGCGACAAGACGCUCUUGACCAAACCAGUGGAGAAAUGGCCUAUCUGCGACUCUAUCAUCGCGUUCUAUUCCAAUGGAUUUCCCCUCGAUAAGGCCAUUUUGUACACGCAUCUCCGGUCGCCGAUUUGCUACAAUUCCCUGCUCAUGCAGAAACUCCUCUUCGACCGUCGUCUUUGCCACAGGGUCCUGGAUUAUCUUGGCGUGCGAACACCCAAGAGAUUGGAAGUUAACCGUGAUGGUGGCCCAAGAGCUCUGUGUCAAGAGCUCGUCGUGCAUGUCUAUAAUUUGCUCGGACUGGAACUUCCUGGUCCCCUGGAGGAUGACAAAGUCAAUAAGUUUCCUUUUAUCCAGUCUCCUACGGUGUCAUUGUCAGAGGAUAAAAACACGUUAGAGGUCGACGGACAUAAACUUCACAAACCCUUCGUCGAGAAGCCAGUGAGUGCAGAAGACCACAAUAUCUAUAUCUACUUCUCAAGCACCCCAUAUAGUGAUGGUGGAGGAAGGAGACUGUUUCGAAAAAUUGGCAAUAAGUGCUCCGAGUAUGACCCGUGCUUGAUUGUGCCGCGGUGUAUCACCGAGCAAGGGAUGAGCAGUAGCUAUGUGUAUGAGCCGCUCUUGAACGCAGACAACGGGGAGGAUAUCAAGGCCUACGCAGUGGGAUCCAGCUACUGUUUUGCCGUGACGCGGAAAUCACCCGCAGUGACUGGCAUGGUCCAUCGGGAUACCAAUGGCAAGGAAAUACGGCAGAUCACGGAGGUGAGCAAGGAGGAGGCUGAGGCUGCUGCGAAUAUCUCAGUAGGAUUUGGUCAGGCUGUCUGUGGGUUUGACAUUGUACGAAAUGGGGGCAAGAGCUACGUAAUUGAUGUUAAUGGAUGGACGUCGGUGAAGAAUCAGCCUCGCUUUUACAGCGAUUGUGCAGAGACGCUGCGAAAGAUGCUUUUGGACCGAAAAGCCAGGGAUAAUCUGACUUUUCGACACUAA